GAAACGCCUAAACACUUAGUUCAUCGUAUCUUAGUAAUUACCUUAACAUCCUAUAAGUCAAUUUUUAUUAGUAUAAAAUGCCGUCUAGUCCCAUUGCAAAAAUGCGUGCCCGUGCUCACCAACCAAUCAAACGGUUGACUGAGGUGGAGAAACAAAAACGCCGUGAAGAUGCUGAUAAAAAAAAGUCCAGAGCACCACGAUAUCUUGUGUAUAUGUUUGCAUUCAUUCUAAUAGGUUCUAUCUUUGUGGAAAUCUAUUUUUCUACCAUGUUUUCACCAAGAAUGAUGCAUUAGGAAGGCUUUGUUUCCAUAGGAGUGAGUUUUUUUGAGAUAUAGUCGCGUCAAUAUGUGCAAAAUUUCUAGGCCUCCACGAUUAUCGAGUGUAGAAUCACUUCUAUUUGCUGAAAAUGGGCUAAAUUCGAGCUAAUAAAAGGACAAACUUGAAAAUUUUAACAUUUACAUCUGAAUAUUUUUUAUACCAUAUUAUUUCACUCUCAUACCCAUGUAAAUUAUCGAGAUCCCAGUGCGAUGUCACCACAGCGUUGUGCUUCAUGACUUCACUGGAGAUUUCGUUUCAACACCAAACCAUUUUUAUCUUAGUCUUUGUUUCAGAUCUCCUUUUUUUUUUCGUUAUUCUAGACUACAACUUUCGAGGAGAGCUCAAAUUUAUUUCACCAGAAAGAAGACCACCAUGCUUUUUCGAAGUAUUUCAUUGUUCCGCGGGUUCUUUGCCCGAACCUUUGUGGGAGGUAUGGGCUCGAACGUCAAAAGGCCCUACCGCGUUGAUAUUCGAAUGGAACAUGACAAAAAACGGCGCAUAAAAAGACGCAACGUUGGCUGUCGCCGGAUGAUGAAGUCCUAAGGUGCGGCAAAUGGACGAGAGCAGAGGGGGGACGUCGUUUAUGAAAAUUUCUUCUUUGCAUAUCAAAUAGGAUUGAGCGUGAGAUGCUGACGUGCGCACUCGACCUGUGAUGCGACGUAGCCGAAUUAUCCACCACGGGGACGCCAUCGUAAUCGGCGCCAAUCAUUUUUAUUUUUCUUCUCUUUUUCGUUAUUUCCAUGCAAACCAAACCGUCGCUGCAUCACCUGGUUUCAUGUCCUGGUCUUUCAUCCAUCUGUUGGGUUUUGUUUGUUUAGGUUCACACACACACACACACAUAUACACACAGGUAAUAUCUGGGUUUAGCAAAGGGCGUCAUGCGGUCCAACCUUUAUGGGAGCAAAGUGAAGGAGAGCCCCCGCGAGGGCGACCCCCGCGGCUCCAACAAACUCCACGUGGAGGAGCAGCUCCAGCGCGAGAACGAGGCCCUGCUGGACGCGCUCCGCCACGGCGUCCGUCGGAUGGGGGCGAUGGCGGGCGCCCUCAACGCAGAGGUCGGCGCGCAGAACCGCCUGCUGAGCGGCCUCGGCGGGGGCUUCGUGCGGGCCCGGACGGGGGUGGGAACUUCCAUCACCAACCUGCGAGGGGUUAUGGGGCGCCAUGGGUACCGCCAGAUCGUUUAUAUCGUCCUAGGUACCCUUUUUUCACUCUAUGUUUUAUUUCGGUUGCUUUUGUAG